CGACGAGGGCGACAUCAUCCGCCGAUGGGGAAGCCGACGGCGCAGCAAAAGGCUCGCGGACUGGGCCUCAGGCCGAAGGAGGAAGAGGAUGACGAGCUGUGGGGAACCGGUGACGAAAUGGAGACCUCGGACUCUGACGACGACUAUGACGACAAGGCUGCAGUCAAGACGAAUAGGGAAGAGUUCGCAUUCACGCCAAAGAAGAGAGCGAAAGCGAAGCGCGCCACUUCAGUUCGGUCAAGUUCUCAAAGCGCCGAGAGCUGUCUCGAUGUCUUGCGAGGCGCUAGAGAAGCAAAUUACCAGCAAUCUUAUCGACUUGGAGCCCGAAUACCAGCGUGGAGUCGUCUGGUCAUCGGACAAGCAGUCGGCUAUCAUUGAUACCAUCUUCCGUCACUACUUUGUCCCGCCUGUGCUCUUCUCGGUCCACAAUGAGAUCAACGAAGACGGCGAGAUGGAAGAGAUUCGCAUCUGCGUCGAUGGAAAGCAGCGCCUCUCUUCUAUCUGGAACUUCAUGAACAAUAAAAUCCCGCUGAGGGAGCCAAACACAAAUCGAGCCUUCUAUUUCAAGCCAGAUCCCUCGAAGUCCAAUGUCAUGUCGGAGAGCGCAAGGAACCGAUUCUCGCGCGAGCAGAUCAACAUCAUCGAGUUCUCCGACUUGACGGAAGAGCAAGAGCGUGACAUGUUCCAGAGAGUCCAGCUCGGUGUGUCGCUUUCUCCUGCAGAAAAGCUCUCGGCUCGCCUGGGACCUUGGCCUGACUUUUUCCGCGAGCUCUCGAAACGAUACGUCAAUGGCGAGAAGCUCACUCUUCGCCAUGUCCUGAAGAUGGCGCGAGGCAAAGAUUACAGCUACAUGGCAGCAAUAUCGGCCAUCCUCCUGCACCACGACAAGCCUCGGUUCCUGCCGUCAAGCAAUGCCAUUCAAAAAUUUGUCGACGACCGGUCUGGUGUUGAGCCAACGGCCGAAGAGCGCAAGAGAGUAAUCAACGUCAUGAAUGUCUUUACCCGUGUCGCCAACAACGACGCCUGCAACGAACCGAUCUUGCCCGAAUGGAUUUCAGGACGAAACGUGGCCAAGCCCUUGUCACCAGUCGAAUUCGUCUAUGUUCCGCUCCUGCUGAGCUACUUUAUGGAUCGACCUGACGAGAAGCUGGCGGGCCUGAUUCAGGGGCUCAAGGAGGCGGUCAGAACUGUACACAAGGAUGUCAUGAUCAACACCAAGUGCGUCGCGACCAUUCGAGACUACAUUGACGGUUGUCGCCAGAGAUACGGCGGCAACGCAUCGGGCCAGCUUCCGCCAAACGAGGGCUCCAACGGUAGCGACGAGGGCCCUUUGCGUAAACGCAGCAGGGCGGCGAUGGAGGACGACGAAGGGGAGGCGUAGGACCCUUCCCCCUCUCCUAUCAUAACCCAAACAUCUCAAUUUGCCUUCUGAACUUGUCUUACUACUAUCUUUUCAGUCUUCUCUGCCACAAAUCUAU